CGUGGGCAGCCUGUUGGAGCAGUUGCUGGGCAACCACACAGCGGCUGGGCGUGGUCUACGCUGAGCGAUCCUGGUCUGGCAAUAUCUGGGCAGCUGUAAAGAAAGGAAGGAAACCAAGGCCGGGGCUGUUGGGGUGAAGGCACAGACUAUGGAAAGGAAUGACAUCAUUGACUUCAAGGCUUUGGAAAAAGAGCUACAGGCUGCAAUCACUGCUGAUGAGAAGUACAAACGGGAGAAUGCCGCCAAGUUACGGGCAGUGGAACAGAGGGUGGCUUCCUAUGAGGAGUUCAGGGGUAUUGUCCUUGCAUCACAUCUGAAGCCACUGGAGCGGAAGGACAAGAUAGGAGGAAAGAGGACUGUGCCCUGGAACUGUCACACUACUCAGGGAAGGCCCUCCCAGGACGAAACCACUGAAAUUUCCCGGGAGAAAACGUUCCCCCAGCCUGAGACCUCGGCUGAGUUCUACCGUGACUGGCGGCGAUACCUGUCGAGUGGGCCAGAGCGCUACCAGGCCCUGCUGCAGCUCGGGGGUCCAAAGCUGCGCCACCUCUUCCAGGUGGAUGUGGGGUUUGGACUUCUCGGGGAGAUGCUGGUGGCACUGGCCGAUCACGUGAGACCAGCUGACCGGUGGGUGGUGCUGGGGAUCCUGCGCAGCCUGGCCAGCACCGGACGCUUCAACCUGAACCUGAGCCUGAUGAGCCAUGCAGAGAGAGAGAGCUGCAGAGCCUUGUUUCAGAAACUACAGGCCAUGGGUGCCCCCAUCUCAGAGGAGCGGGAUCUGGAGGAGCAGCCUGGUGGGCUCCAGGAGGUGGAGAGUCUCCUCCAAGAGCUGCUUAGGUUGUACCAGGUGGACUGAGGGGACUAGUUACCUGCAGAGCUCCCUAGUGGUCAUUGGUGGCAUUUUUUCGGUGGUUGUUCUGGGGGCUCUGCAGGGCAGUAAUGAGAAGCCCACACCUGAUUCCCUUCAAGACUUGGAAUUUUCACAGCAAAAGCAGGCACUGAAUCUCCCCCUCUCCUCCAACUUCUUGCGGGGGCUCUAUAUUCUGAACUAUGUAGGUCCACAGGAUGGUCAAGGGCCCAAGAAGUUGAAAGAGUUUUGCUUCCCACCCUCAGAGUCAGCCAGUCCUCUAGCCCAUGGCUCUGAGAGAUGGGUGUGUACCCAACCAAAUGCUGGCGACACCAGUUACAGACUUCAGUCAAAAAAAAGGAAAAAGUAAAAUCGUUAACCUUCCAUAGUCAACAAGUUCUGAUCUCCUCAGCUCUUAACAAGAGUAUUUAUAACCUAAACCCAAUGAAUGAACAUUUAAUUGGCAAACAAUCAAGUGCUACUUCAUUCCAUGUGCAGUGUUUUUCCCCAGGGGCCGAGUUCCAGUGCAGGUUGGGCCUGAAAGCCCCAAGCCGUCAGCUCAGGUCUGGUCAGUCUCCCAGCCUUCUUCAGAUGGCCCUGUGUGCAGGUGGGAGUUUUUCCUUCAACUGCUGAGUUAACCAAAGGGGAAGGCCUUUCCACCAGGCAGGAAGGACAGAGCCUGGAGCAGAGAGGCAGAGAUUUCCCUGUCCCACCACCUGAACCCUUCUCAUUCCAGAUUCCCCUGACCCAUUCUUGGGUGAGUGUCAGUGUUCUAGAAAGGGAAGAGAGGGCCAGGUUCUAGAAUGGUUUUCCCUCAAGAUCAUGUUUGGAACAUUAGAAGGGCAUCUCGUACAUCAAGUGGGAAUAAAUUGCCUUGUCUGUGGCAGCUUCCUCUGCAAAUUGCGACUUCUUUUCUUGGCUGCUUAAUCCUUCCUUCAUAUAGAUGCCUCCUCCCAGCAGUG